AAGUGACGAGAUGGUAGGAGAUCAACACACCUUCAUCUCGUUCCAUCAUCUCCAAUCAAUCGUCCGCUUGUACAUUUCCUAUCCCUCAAUCAAAUAUUCAAUAUAUGGCACCGAAGGGAGGUAACGCGAAGAAAGAAUCUGGAAGGGCCAAAAAGGCUGAGAACGAAGCGAAGAAGCAAGCGGCAGCAGAGGCGGAACGAGAGCACAAAGAUGCAGAAAAAUGGCAAGAUGGAUCUAAGAGCAACAAAUCCAAGGAAGAAAAGGAAGAAAAACGUCGUGCCGAACUCGCUCGCAGGGCUGAGAAAGCAAGAUUGCUCGCAGAGGAGGAGGCGGAGGCAGCAGCCGCAUCCAAGCCUAAAGCUGCCCCUAAAGCUGGAGCGAAGAAGGGUGGUGCAGCUAAGAGUGCCAAACCUGCUGGUCCUGGCGCGAUCGCUGCCGGCGGAGGUUUAGGCCCCGUCGAUGUUAAGGAUGAAGUUCCUGCCCCUCCUGCGGAGCCUGAGACCUUCUCUGCCACUGGCAUCGACAAUGCGAUCGACCUGCUUGAGAUCGUAACCGCUAAGAUGGACAAGGCUAGCGUUGGUCAGCAGGCUGCUGGACUUGAAAGGCAUCCAGAGAGGCGAUUCAAGGCAGCGUUCGAGGCUUACAAGGAGCGUGAAAUGCCGAAUGUCAGGGCUGAGCACCCCGGGUUGAGGCUCCAACAGUACCAGGAUCUCUUGUACAAACAGUUCCAGAAGUCGCCCGAGAACCCUUUCAACCAGGUGACCGUCUCCUAUGACGCCAGCAAGGAAGAUAAGGUGGAGGCAUUGAGCAAGAAGAAGAGGGCCGUUGAAGAACGGCUGCGCGAACGAUCCUGAAAGCUGUUCUUGUCCUUUUGAUUGUGUUUGCACCCACGGUCGCUUUGGCUAUCCAGUGAAUCAUUACCGCAAGACGGCUACGAUCCUGGUGUUUAUCGUUUUCGACUACAGUAUCUAUUGUCGCAGAGAUAGAGAAGGGAGCUCUCCGCGAAGUGGAGGAGGCAGAGGGUGGGUAAUCGUAACUGUAGGAUGGCAUGAGGGCGCUGUAUCAACUACUUAUUUGCUUUGCGGAUGAACCUGUAUCCAAUAGCUCUUUUAUUGCGUGCGGUGAAAUAUCCGAAUCGCUGUCUACGUGUU